GUCAGGUCCUUCCCUUCCCAUAGUUGAUAGUCUUGCACUUUCUAAGAUCACAUCACUCUCACUGCUCAGUUCUGACGCACUUCACUCUUACAAGUUACAUCGAGAUAUGGAGGGACUGAUCAGGGGUUUGAUCGACGUUGCGAUUGGCGGCGGCGGCGGCGGCGGAGGCCGCGACGAGGAAAAUGAGACUCGAGAUGAACGCUCCAGAUCCAGUUGGGCCCAGGUGGUGUCAGGGGAGCAAGAUAAUGAUGAUUGUCCGCAGGGCCAUAAUCCUACUCAAUGGAGAAGACAGGAAGAGAGUCAACGGGAGGAUGAACGCUGGGAGGUUUCGGGUUCAAGACCUUCCAGGAAACCUCACAAGGUUGAGUAUGGGGGAUAUGAGAAGGAUGAAGCUGGCGAACGUCAUGGUUAUAACCAAAAUGAGUGGAACAGAAAGGAGCAAGAAAAGGAGAAUAAUGAUGGCUGGGAAACUGUUGGCAGAAAGCCUCAAAGACAACCACACAAGGUUCAGAUGGAUCAGUGGCAAGGAUAUAAACGACCUCCUAGUGAGCAAGUAUACUCUGAUGAGUUUGAAACUGGUACUAGCAUAGAACCUUCAGAAGAAGAACUUGCUGACUUGUCACAAGCUUGCAACAGGCUCUGGCAACUUGAUUUAAACCGUUUGGAACCUGGAAAGGAUUAUCAGAUUGACUGUGGUGAAGGGAAAAAGGUUUACCAGAAGGCAGAUAUGGCAGAAGGAAGUCUGUUUUACUGGCUGAGUGAAGACAUAUUCAGAAGACCUACAUUUUCUCGUUUCUGUUCUCUCUUAGAUAAUUACAACCCAAAUGCUGGGUGUAAGGAAGUUGUUACAUCGGAGGAGAAACAAGAGCAGUCUGCUUUCAUGGAAGAAAUAAGUAGAACUGCACCAAUUAAAUAUCUUCACAAGUACCUCUCUUUGAAGGGCAUUGUAUCUGAAAACUAUCAAGAUUUCAAAAGAAUGAUAACAAAGCUAUGGUUUGAUCUUUAUGGUCGGGGUGGUGCAUCUGGUUCCUCUUCUGCUUUCGAACAUGUUUUUGUUGGAGAAAUCAAGCAACAUGGUGAGCAAGAGGUUACUGGCUUCCACAAUUGGCUUCAGUUUUACCUUGAAGAAGCAAAAGGGAGAGUUGAUUAUCAAGGUUAUAUAUUACCGCGAAGACGUGGGGAAACUCCGGACUCUGAAACUCAGUUGCUCACCAUCCAGUUUGAAUGGAACGGGAUUCUCAAAUCUGUGUCAAGUACUUUGGUUGGAGUUAGCCCAGAGUUUGAAAUUGCUCUCUAUACUCUGUGUUUCUUUAUGGGUGGAGAGGAUAAUUACGUACAGCUGGGUCCAUACUCUGUUAACAUCAAGUGCUACCGCUUUGGAGAUAAAAUCGGUUCUGUUUUUCCGAUCGCAGAAUGUUGAUUUACUGCUCUCUGUAGAGCUUUGGGUCAUGCCAGUCAUGCAGUGUGUAUGACUCUUGCCUAGAAGCUAGAAAAAGACCAAGACCUAUGUUAAUGUAACUGUAUAACAUAAUUAUUAUAUCAUAAUGGAUGUUGUUUCAGGGAUUAUAUACUCGCUUAUUUGAUAAAUAAGAUCUAUGUAAACUUACAUACAAUUUAAUACUCGUUCUCUUGGCCAUAAUAUUAUGAUAAUUCAAAUUCUGCUUCUGGUUCUGAA